AUGUACGAUGCAAUGAUUGAACUUCAACAGCAACCACCCAGCCAGCCACAAACACAGCUGCGUAAGGAUGUUCAAUCGGCGAGGUCGAGGAGGGGUGCGUUGGGGCGACGAUGACUACGACUUUGGUCGCAAUGGCAAGAAUACCGCUUUAUUUACUUCGCCACGUACCUUUCGCGGUUUUUUCAUUAACUCAGAAGACUAAUCACCCGAAAACUCUUUUUUAGAUAGAUGCAUCGGGAAUGGGAACACAUGAUUACUGACACAAACACGCAGUUCAUGAAGAUCAGUGGCAUCGAGUGGACGGCUCACCAACUGGACCACCUUUAGAUGGAAAUUCCACUGGGAAUUUAGUUCUCAAGUAACAAAAACCGAUGUUUUUGGGUUCUUUUUCGCGCGCCAACAGCCGUGCAUUUUUGCUUCAUCUGAGAAAACCUCUGCUAUCUCCUCAAACCCACCAAAUCAUAAUGCUGGCUGGGAUGUAACCCGAUCUCCGUUGAUGGCAAACUCCGGUUUUCGACCACCCACCGGUCUCGUGCGCCGUCGUUGGCGACUUUUUUCAUGCACUCUGGUCAAAUACCAACUGGAAGUAGAUACACUGUCCGGAAUUGCUUUCAAGGCCAAUUUUUAUUUUUCAGGGCGGCAUGAUAUGCGGAGAGACGUACGUUAAACGCAUAAAUUAGGGGUAAUGACCACCGUCUUACAGCGCUUAUCGACAGUAGGUUGUCUCUAAUUUUUGCACGCACCGAAACCGUUUAUCCGUCCCCUUUUGGAUUCCACCCGCCGACCCUACGUUUGCAGUCGUUUAACUACUUGCAUUAACGGCACAAACAAAAUUCUACCGCUGUGCACAAGAAUACUUUUCAGCUUAUUUGCUGAGGCACCGUCGAACGAAAAAACAAUUAAAAGCGAGGAAUAAUUUGGGAGUAAAUCACUUUUUAUAAUUUUACUAUGACGUCGAAGGAGAUGCUUCAAUUAAGACGGACCGAAUUUAGAAUUUUGUGAAGGCAGAUUGUGAAAACAAUAAACUCUCAUAACCAUAAGAUGUCUUUAUAUAGACGGAAUCGAAAUCAAACUCAUCCUCAAGGACAACUUAAAAUCCCCAAACGUGGCAGGCAGGGCGGCAAAAAUUAAAAUAUCAUGUACUGAGCACAAGUCGGAUAGCCGCUGGCUGUUGAAUUUGGUCAUCUCACAGCCCGCAGUAUCUAGAUGUGAGUGUAAUGUUGCCCACUUCGUGUCCCACUGAAACCUUCCCGGAUUAUUACAUAUCAUGUUUGAGUGCGAAUCAUUAUUGUGCCUUACGGGCUCUCUCUUGAUCAUAUAUCAUGCGCCACUAUGCGGCUGUUGGUUGGGCUCAAAAGAGAGCUUGUAUGAUACAACGAGACAAGUGACUUCCGUAGAAAGGAUCGGUGGGCGCCCCUCUACCAUUUUAUAUUCCAGAUCGCAACCGAUAGGACAACUGGCCCGCGGCCUAGUGGUUAGUGGCGUGGACUUCUAAAUAACAGGUCGCGAGUUUGAGCCUCGGGUGUUCCACACUUCGGAGUUGGGUAUGACUGGCUGACAACGGCUCAUAAACCAGCAAUGGCCAUUCCAGUCUCCCUUGCCUUUGUCAGUAAUAACAUUCUGCGGCUGCUGACUGGGCUCGAGACAGAGAGCUCGUAAGGCACAAUGGAACGAGUGAGUUCCGUAAGAACGAUCGAUAAACGCCCCUCCACUAUUCUUUCACCAGCUGAUUGAGAGGCUUGGACAGUUGACUGGUGCAUAAGACUGGUAAGAAAGAACAAGGGUGACACUAGAAAUUCCAUUCUCAUGGCAACUCCGCUAUGGGGACCAGGUCGUGUGCGUGUGACACGAAUAGAUGAGUUGUCUAGCUUUUGAAUAAUCGGACACGAUGGCUGGGACCAGACGUUUAUUAGCCUGACGUUUCGGAUUCCUGCAUGGAAAUGCGACAAGACUGAGAUUCUCACUAGAGGUGACAAUGGCGUGAGCCGGGAGCUGCUUGAGUCAUGGUUUACUGGCCCCCAGUCCAUUAACAAGUACAAUGAUCUUCUCCAUCCGUACUCGGUACUGAGACUUCGCCUAGGUGGAGUAAUUAGCCAUGCGGAGAGCGCACAGGUGAACAUUCUUCCCACCGCCAGGAUCGGUGGGUCAGAUGGUCGAGCAAUCAUCACAUUAACAUCCAACAGGCGUGAUGAGAUUGUAGCAAUUAACGACUUGAAUGUCGUGUAACGCCCCUGGACAUGAACAGAAUUGUUUGAAUUUGUAACACUUCCGCGCGAGGACCUAGGAUGGACAUGGCGUAGCCGCGUGUCGGUAAAGGUUGCCGGUGACCCUUCCUAUCUCUUUCGCCGAUCCCUUCCCCCGCUCCGUACCGUGACGUAACAUUCGUAUCGCUCCUCUCGCUACAUCGGCAACCCCCUCGGCCCCUCCCUGCAGUUGCCCCCAGUGCUGCGUUCCCCACCGGUUUUCCAGCUGGCAUGUUGGCCUCGCCUCUCCACCCAGACAGGUUAUUUUAUGGCUGUAACUCAUUCCACCUGUACGAGUAACUAUUAUUAUAUGUAUCUCCCAUGACCGUCUUGUUAUACUAUACUGUAUCCCGUUCCCGACGUACCAUUUCCUGCUGUGUAUGAAUGAGUACUCAGAGAUGCUAACAUGCCUGUUCAGAUCUAUCUCCUCCAGGAUCUACUCUCCGCGUUUCCUUACCUUGGUGUGUGCUACCCUUGACGUCCUCGGCCCCUACAGUCUGCCAUCGAACAGUCAUCACACCAAGUGCAAAGAUCCGUGAAUAUUCAUAGGAAUGCGUUGGCAUGGCGACUGCAUCCUAUAAAUACUGCAGCCCCUUGUACAUGAACCACCCGUGUCUGCUUUUGUCUCUGAUGAUGGGUUCGAGCAGGAAUCCGAAACAUCAGGCCAAUAAAGCUCUUGUCCCAGUGAUCGUGUCUCCUUCUUCAAGACUGCUUCCUGGGAUUCGUCUCUUCGCUUCUAUUGACAUUAACUAGCUUUGCCAGUCACUGCGCCCGCACGGUUGUCUUGGCAUUAUCAUACCCUCGGAACAGGGAAAGAUUGCGGUUGACGCUGCGAAAGUCUGCCUCGCGCGCAAGUCAACAGUCUUGACUGAGACGGUCAGAGGGUUGAUUAAAUAUAUGUUACGCUUAAUCUCAGAUAUAAUCACUUGGCAAGGCUUGGCCUGUUCCUUUGUUGCCGCAAAACUCAGGUUGGGCUCGAGUGGCAUAAGCACAGUAGGUUAUCCAAAAUGAUGUCGAUCAUAAUUUGGAGUAGACAGUUUGUUAACUGAAAAGAAGAAGAAGAAGAAGAAGAAGAAGAAGAAGAAGAAAAAGAAGAAGAAGAAGAGGAAGAUGAUGAUGAUGAUGAUGAUGAUGAGGAGGAGGAGGAGGAGGAGGAGGAGGAGGAGGAGGAGGAGGAGGAGGAGGAAAAAGAAGGGUGUGAGUGGCGACUUGAGGAAAGCCGUGAGUUAGACUUCGCCAGCACGCGGAUAUUGGCGCGAGCCGGCAACAAGAGAGGGCGAGAACUGUUGGAGGCGUGGGUGUCGGACAUCAGCUCUAUCAAUAGACCCAUUGAUUUGCCUGCGUGUUGCCACGCGCUCCGGUCACGCAGCCAGAUGGCGCAGCUCACAUCGUCGCGAAGUGCAAACGGUGUCACCACGCCGGGGGACCAUUGUGGACCAGGUGGCACAAACCAGACCUAG